CUUCUCUUAAAGAGAAGGCCCUGGUGUCUGACAGUAGAGUUGAGUGGAGUAGAACAGAGUAGAGUGAUGGAGCCUUCCCAACAUCCUCCUGAUUGGCAGUGAGAUGUCGGCCAUCUUGGAUUGUAGCGGGGAAGAAGGAUUGAUGCGGUGACACGCGGCAUGUUUGGUGCUAACCGGAAGAAGUUUAUGGAGGGAGGGAUAGAGAGUGACUACCCGGACGACUCCAGUCUCUACUACAGCCAGCAGUCCAUGUUCCCUCCUCACCGUGCGGACAAAGACAUGCUGGCGUCUUCCUCUGCCUCCUCUACGGGUCAGCUGUCACAGCUCGGAGCCAGCCUGUACGGCCCGCAGAGUGCAUUGGGGUUUCCCAUGCGAGGCAUGAACAGCAGUGCAGCUCCUCCAUUGAGUCGCAGCGGGCUGAACCAGUCUGCCGGUCAGCUCUCCAGUACGCCCAAUGCCGGCUCGAUGCACACGCCCCCCUCACCCAGCAGGGGAAUACUGCCCAUGAGCAGCCGGAGUGUGCUCAAUCACAACCAGCAGGUGGGGGGUCCAACGGGGCAGUCAGGUGGGAUGGGAGGCGGAGAGCGUGGAGGUGGAGGAGGGAGGAGCGGCAGUAUGGGGAGUCCCAGCCGGUCGUCACCCAGCAUCAUCGGGAUGCCCAAACAGCAGCAAGCACGGCAGCCGUUUACCAUCAACAGUAUGUCAGGGUUCGGGGUGAACAGGAAUCCAGGCUUCAUGAACAACUCGCUAUCCAACAACAUCUUCAAUGGCACAGACGGCAGUGAGAAUGUGACGGGGUUGGACCUGUCAGAUUUCCCGGCAUUAGCUGACAGGAGUCGGAGGGAUGGAGGUUCGAAUCCCACCCCACUGCACAACCCGCUGACCGGUCGAGCUCCCUACGUUGGCAUGGUAACCAAGCCGUCCAGUGAGCAGUCGCAGGACUUCUCCAUCCACAACGAAGAUUUCCCAGCUCUCCCAGGGCCAAACUACCAAACAAAAGACCCCACCAGCACCAACGAAGACAGCAAAACGAAUCUGAACUCAUCGGGAAAGCCAGCCUCUAACUCAGAUGGUCCAAAGUUCCCCGGCGAUAAGAGCUCUGCACCGAGCAACAACAACCAGCAGAAGAAAGGGAUUCAGGUGCUUCCUGACGGGCGAGUGACCAAUAUCCCUGGUGGCAUGGUAACAGACCAGUUUGGAAUGAUUGGCCUGCUGACGUUCAUCCGGGCGGCGGAAACCGACCCCGGCAUGGUCCACCUGGCACUGGGCUCAGACCUCACCACACUUGGCCUCAACCUCAACUCGCCUGAGAAUCUCUAUCCUAAGUUUGCAUCUCCGUGGGCAUCGGCUCCAUGUCGACCGCAGGAUAUAGACUUCCACGUCCCCUCAGAGUAUUUAACCAAUAUCCACAUAAGGGACAAGGUACCUCCUUCACAAGACACCCCAAAGUUAGCAGCUAUCAAGUUGUCUCGGUAUGGUGAAGAUCUGCUGUUUUAUCUCUACUAUAUGAACGGAGGAGACCUCCUACAACUGCUGGCUGCUGUAGAACUGUUUAACAGGGACUGGAGGUAUCAUAAAGAGGAGCGGGUUUGGAUCACUCGAGCUCCGGGGAUGGAGCCCACACUGAAGACCAACGCCUAUGAGAGAGGGACCUACUACUUCUUCGACUGCCUCAACUGGAGGAAGGUGGCCAAGGAAUUUCAUCUGGAAUAUGACAAACUAGAAGAGCGACCUCACGUUCCCUCCACCUUCAACUACAAUCCUGCCCAGCAGGCCUUCUGAUUGGCUGUCUCUCCUACUGCCUGCCUGCCAUUGGCCCUCCUGACCCCAUUAGGUUUUUCCACCGGCACACACUGAACGGGGAGGACAUCCUGGCUCCUGUCCUCCUCUCUGAACAGACUUCAUCCUUAUAUUUUUUUUCAUAUUUUU